CCUCCCAAGUCAUCAUUAUGUUUAUCAUCCGACGGCAGCGUCACCUUACAUUACCACUGGACCUAGUAUAUUGUUACCUCAACCUCAACCUGCAGCACCAGCGCCAAUCACAACGACACACUUUUUUGAUUAUCCGCCAGUAGGUUUUCCGGGUCAGUUUGCCAAUGGAGCUGAGCCCGGUGCAGCCAACUUUGCUGGUCUCAGUCCUCAUCAUCACCAUCAUCAUCAUCAUGCACACCAUCCAGGAACUACAGCUGCCCUUGGCACUGCAGCAUUAGUUGCAGCAGCCGCAUCAACAGCAGCCAAUCCACAACAAAUAAACUCGCGACCAGGAGCUAAUGGUGCAACCAUCGAAGUGGUUCAAGAAAAAGAACAACCUGCGCGUAGCAAGGAUGUUGGUCGUGAUACAGAGCAGCAGAGCGGCAAUAUUCAAGAGUCUCCAGCCACAGAUGCAAAUACACAAACUAAACGGGCUAGAGGUAGGCCAAAAAAGGUUGCUCCAGCUAAUGGUACAAUCAUCGAAAAGGUUAAGGUUCCAGAGAACGAAAAAUCACAUUCAGCAAGUAGUAAGGAUGUUGGUCGUGAUACAGAGUAA